AUGCGUGACAUUCGUUCAGAACCAUCCGAUCUUUUCACGCCCCCUGCUCGCCUACGACUAGCUCGGCAUACAGAGUCAGAUGUUCUCCUACUCACCCUACACCAUGCUUUGUACGACGUGAGAACCAUUUCCAUUCUUAUUCGUGAUCUGGAGGCUUUGUACCAAGGCAAGACCCUGGGUGUUACUCCGAGCUUCACGUCCUUUGUACUCGGCACACAGCAGAAAUACAACUAUGGGUAUGCAGAUGAUUACUGGAAAGAAGCACUCAGAAUGGGUCAAAGUUCAGUAAUUGGUGCACAAUCUACUAUUGAACAAGCUCCUAUAUGCAUUCAAUCUUCUCGGGCUGUUUUCCCCGAAGACCUCCGCAAGUUGGAAAACCAAUGCCACGAGUGGAACAUUUCCAUGCCCUCUCUUAUCUUACUUGCCGUGGCUCGCAGCUUGGCUCGUAAUAUUGGCAUUUCUCAUCCAACAUUUGGUCUUUUCCAGUAUGGGCGCUCAGAUGAUUACCCAGGAAUCCACGAUAUGGCGGGUCCAACUGUUAAUAUGCUGCCGCUGGUGGUCCACGAUGCCCUGGACUGCCCGACCCGAGAGGCUCUGGUCAACUUGCAGCAAAACCUGGCUCAACGUUCUUUAUAUGAACAAACAGACCUCCAAAGCCUGUGUGAAAAAAUGAAGGAAUUUGGCCAAGACUUAGAAUUCAAUCUUCUUGUCAACAUCCUUUUGGGCAAGCCUGAUAAAGAAGGUGAUUCCAUUUUUGCCCCUCUAUCAAUUGGCUCUGAGAUUGAACUUGACUCUGGAGAGCUCUCGACCGGGAAAACCGCUGUCGAUCCUUUUGACUGGAAAAGUGUCCCUGGUGCGAAUAGCAUCUAUCUGGAGGUCAGUUACAGCGAGGAUCAUGAUGCUUUGUUGUGGAAACUCGAUUCUAUAUCCAAUUCAAUUUCGAAACAGGAGGCAAACAGCUUGUUGAAUGAAUUGAAGCAAGACUUGAAUAGCAUCAUAGAGCAUAAUUGA